AUGGAGGCUGUUGCUAGGAACGUUGUGUCCUGUCCUUGCGUGGCGGCCGCUGCCAGGACUUCAGAGUCUUUCUCUGCUCGCAGCACCGUUGCUGCGUCAAAGACGACCCUCUUCGGCGGUGCUCGUCGCAAUGCUCUCGUCGCCAAGGUGCCAGUGGCUGCUGGCAAGGCCAGCAGGUCUGUCGUCACCAUGGCAAAGGCCCCCGCUGCUGCCGGCUACGCAGCUGCCCUUAUUGAGCUUGGCCAAUCGACCAAGUCCCUUGAGGCCAUCCACAAGGACGUGGAGGCCCUCUCUGGUAUGAUCAACAACGCCGAGCUCGCUAACUUCUUGGCCAGCCCCGUCGCUUCGGACGAGCAGAAGAAGGCUGUGAUCAAGAGCCUUGCAGCUGAUUCCGGCUUCAACGCUUACACCGCGAACUUCCUGAAUGUUCUUGUUGACAAGAAGCGGAUGGGCAUUUUCAAGGAGAUCGCCGCAGUGUUCGAGGAGCUGUACUGCGACAUCACCGAUACUCAGGUCGCCAUUGUGACUUCGGCUGUGAAGCUAGAGAACUCGCAGCAGGCCUUGAUCGCGAAGAAGCUGCAGAGCAUGACCGGUGCGAAGAACAUCAAGCUUAAGAACGUGGUUGAUUCGUCUCUGAUCGCUGGCUUCAUCGUGAAGUACGGCAAGGAUGGCUCCCAACUCAUUGACAUGAGCGUGAAGGGUCAGUUGGAUCGCCUUGCGCAGCAAUUUGACCUGUCAGACAAUGCCCUCUUGGGUUAG